CUGAAUCCGGAAGUGAUCCCGGAGAACCGCGGAGCGGCUGAGGACCCUGGCGGCGGGCUGACGUUCGGGACCAUGAGCUGGAUUCCUUUCAAGAUUGGGCAGCCCAAGAAACAGAUUGUUCCCAAAACAGUGGAGAGAGACUUUGAAAGGGAAUAUGGAAAACUCCAGCAGCUGGAGGAGCAGACCAGGCGGCUGCAGAAGGACAUGAAGAAGAGUACGGAUGCUGACCUAGCCAUGUCGAAAUCUGCCGUGAAGAUCUCCUUGGACUUACUCUCCAAUCCCCUUUGUGAGCAAGACCAGGAUUUUUUGAACAUGGUGACAGCCCUGGACACAGCCAUGAAGCGGAUGGAUGCCUUUAACCAGGAAAAGGUGAACCAGAUCCAGAAGACUGUGAUUGAACCCUUAAAAAAGUUUGGCAGUGUCUUUCCGAGCCUCAACAUGGCAGUGAAGCGGCGGGAGCAGGCCUUGCAGGACUACAGGAGGCUGCAGGCCAGGGUGGAGAAGUACGAGGAGAAGGAGAGGACAGGGCCAGUUCUGGCCAAGAUCCACCAGGCCCGAGAAGAGCUCCGGCCUGUGCGUGAGGACUUUGAAGCCAAGAACAAGCAGCUGCUGGAUGAGAUGCCGCGGUUCUACAGCAGCCGCCUCGACUACUUCCAGCCCAGCUUUGAGUCCCUGAUCCGAGCACAGGUCGUGUACUACUCUGAAAUGCAUAAGAUCUUUGGAGACCUGACCCAGCAGCUGGACCACCCAGGCCACUCAGAUGAGCAGCGGGAGCGGGAGAAUGAGGCCAAACUGAGCGAGCUCCGAGCCCUCUCCAUUGUGGCCGAUGACUGAAUUCCCAGCCCUCUCAGGAGCCUCUUGGGUCACAGGUGACCUCUAGUCACUGCCAUCUUCAGGCGUAGGCUCAUGCUCCUCCCACAUAUCACGGAAGUGUGGCAACUGGCCAGUUGGGGAUAGAGGUGCCCCCUCUACCUUUGAAAUGGGUGUCUUCGUUCCCUUGAGCCCAGUACCAGGAGCCCCACGCAGGCUACCAUCUACCCACCCACGGCCCCAGACAACAGGUAAGCAGCAUAGAAAACCCCCAGCCUUUCUUCUCUCCAACUAGCCGUCCAAUGCACGUCCUGGCCUAGGGCCUGGCAAGCUCCAGCCCCCAGGAGGGCAUGAGUUUCGUCAACUCAGUGAAGGGUCUUAGCCCUGCUUGCGUGGCAGGGAGCACAUCUACCUCCCUCCUGAAGACCCAUCCUGGGGAGUCCACCAGCCCUUCACUGCUUGUCCAUUUCAAAGACGUUUUUCUGGGAGAGGCCUGUGACACUGCCCUAGGGAGCCACAGCAGAGCCAUGGUCCUACGUGGUCCGACAGCCCCAACAGGCCCCACUCCAGCAUCCCAGCACAAGGGCUGGUUCAACACAGGUCAAGUGCAGGGAGGAGCCCAUGUCUGUCAGCCAUGUUCCCUAGGUAACUGGGACUCAAUGUAACUAUCCUACCAUACAGAAUGUCACACGCCGAUUCACAGACCUCAAAGCAAGGGGUUUGUAUCUCACCCGAAUAUUUGGAAUUCUAUUUUUUCAAGUAAAGUUUUCGAUAAAACA